UUUAGCCUCAAACAUGAAGAAAAUUGAAACUAGUUCUAAAAUCUCUCUCUUGAAUUUACCUGAAUCAACUUUAGAUGUAAUUUUAGAACUCCUUUCACCAAUAGAACUCAUAAAUAUGUCUAAAGUAUGCACUUAUCUAAGAGGUAAAUGUAGAAGUGAUCAUUUGUGGGACAAUCACAUGAAGCAUAAAUGGGGAAGAGUCUUUGGUCAUUUUGCUUUCAAGGAGUGGCAAUGGCAUGUAACAAUAAUAACAAAGGAAGAAGGAAGUGUAUUGAAUCAACAAAUCAAUAUUCUUAAUGGAUCACUUGGGAGUUUUAGUGGUUCAUGGCCUAUGUUAUGUGUUGGAUCAUAUUUAGAAGAGUGCCAUAAUUUUAAGAGUUUAUUAUUGGCAAAUCAUUUUAUGAUGGCUUUGUAUUUGUCACUAGAGAGUGGCAAAUUCUGGUUUCCAGCUCAAUUAUACAGGGGAUUAUAUGUUCAUGACGCCUUGGUUAGCUAUAACUCCAUAACUGAUACCUUCAGAGCAAGGACACGUAGUUGGAAUGGAAGGAUUGUGGGGAACGAUCUCCACUGGGACAAGCUAAGAUUUUCUCCAGUUGAAACCUCUUCGUGUGUUCGCCACGUGUCUGAUUGUUUUCAAGAACUAAAGCCCGGGGAUCAUAUUGAGAUCCAAUGGAGAGGAAACACUCAAGCUCCAUAUGAAUGGUUUGCAGAUUGGUGGUAUGCUGUUAUUGGUCACCUGGAUUCUUGUAAUGAGAAUGAGAAUUAUUGCCUUUGUCAAAAUUCUGAGACCUUGGUGGUAGAGUUCAAGCAAUACCCUCAAAGGUCAAGCAUGAGAAAAGCAAAGCUAACCAGACAUACUGAAGAUUCGGCCGGAAAUUAUGGAGGAAUUAGAAAGCUUCACAGUCAAGAAGAGAUUCAAAAAUGGAAUGAGCUAUUAGAUCACCAACGAUAUAUAUAAGUGUCUAACAUAACCCGAUGAACAUAGUUUAGUUGGUAUGGACAUUGCAUGUAAAAUGCAAGGACCAGGGUUCGAAAAUAGAAUAUUAGAUCACCAACGAUAUAUACAAGUGUUGAACAUAAUGUAUGCAAAUUGCAAAAUAUAUGGCUUUAGCUUAUAAAUGUGGGCUAAUGCUAUGGUGCACCACCUUCACAAGUGGUCUACCGUGGACAAGUGAUCUACCGAAUAUGAAUUUUACGAAAUUCACUGUUGGAUUG